GGGGCUUGUGGGCAUGGCGGGAUUGCGGGAGUGGGUGUGGCGGCUGGUGUUACCAGUGGCGAUCUCAGUGGUGGGACAUGACGUGCUGCUGUUUCUCUUCUCCGCCUUCCCCUCCUUGAGCUUGAUCCCAGUGUACCUCUCCUCUUUCCUGCGCUCUCUUCCCAUAUCCUCGCUCGCAUGUUCCUCCUCCUCCCUCCCUUUCCACGCUGUUUCUUGGCCGGUAGAAGAGUGGAAGAUGAAAGCGGAUGCUUCACGUGCAGUCAAGCAGGAGCUUCAGUUCCGAGCGCUGCCUACUUUUGCGUGGGUAAUCUGCUACCACAAGGCCAUCGCACUGGAGAACGUCAAACCCCUCGUAGGAUAUCCUCGUGUUAACAUUUGCAUCGAGAUAAGCUAUGAAGAUCGAGAAGAAAGGAUGCGGGAAAGAGAUGCAACAAGGGACGCAACAAACAAGCUCAUUGAAUACAAUCCUGACAUGGCAGAGCUCAUAACGCUUGCUACACGUUGUACAUUUCUACGAAUGGCAUACAAAGAAUCGCUGAUCAUGAAGAGGACCCUAUUGGAAUCUUUCUUCCACACUAUUUGCAUGCAUGCAGAUCAGAUUCAGACGGAACAAGUUUUAUCCGAAUACCCAGACCCAGAGUUUUGGUCCUUAUUGCCCAAGAAGGAGAUUCACGUAGCUAGGAUGAACCUAGUAUUACAGAAAUCCUCCACGUUCAAAGCACGAGUGUGGUCUACUCUAGGGAUCCCAGAUGAUGUCGAGUAUCCUCAUCUAGACGACACCUACUUCAGAAAGAUCAAGCUCUCGCUCCUCUCCAUGGAUCCAAAGGGACUGAAAUUCCUCUACGUUGCGGAGAUAGAAGCGGUUGAGCAUGUUCGGUUCUUCAAGGCGAUUGGGGCCAUCUUGUCAGUGGAAGCUCAGAUCUCUUUCCGUUGGAAGCAUUUGUACCUUCAAAGAAAUGAACAUCCGGACUGGGUAGCGACGUCAAUGACAUUGUAA